AUGGCGAAGCUGCGGGAUUGCCUGCCCCGCCUGAUGGUCACGAUCCGGUCCCUGCUCUUCUGGUGCCUGAUCUACUUCUACUGCGGGCUCUGCGCCUCCAUCUACCUGCUCAAACUUUUGUGGAGCAUCGGCAAGGGACCCACGCAGACCUUCCGGCGGGUCGCCAGGGAACACCCGCCCGCGUGCUUGAACGACCCCUCUCUGGGUACCCACUGCUACGUGAGGAUCAAGGAUUCGGGGUUAAGAUUUCAUUAUGUUGCUGCUGGAGAAAGAGGCAAACCACUUCUGCUGCUGCUUCAUGGAUUUCCAGAAUUCUGGUAUUCUUGGCGUCACCAACUAAGGGAAUUUAAAAGUGAAUAUAGAGUUGUAGCACUGGAUUUGAGAGGUUAUGGAGAAACAGAUGCUCCUGUUCAUCGAGAGAAUUAUAAAUUGGACUGUCUAAUUACAGAUGUAAAGGAUAUUUUAGACUCUUUAGGGUAUAGCAAAUGUGUUCUUAUUGGCCAUGACUGGGGAGGCAUGAUUGCUUGGUUAAUUGCCAUCUGUUAUCCAGAAAUGGUGAUAAAGCUUAUUGUUAUUAACUUCCCUCAUCCAAAUGUAUUUACAGAAUAUAUUUUACGACACCCGGCCCAGCUGUUCAAAUCCAGCUAUUAUUACUUCUUCCAGAUACCAUGGUUCCCAGAAUUUAUGUUCUCCAUAAAUGAUUUCAAAGCUUUGAAACAUCUGUUUACUAGUCAUAGCACUGGCAUUGGAAGAAAAGGAUGUCGACUAACAACAGAAGAUCUUGAAGCUUAUAUUUAUGUUUUUUCUCAGCCUGGAGCAUUAAGCGGUCCAAUUAACCAUUACCGAAAUAUCUUCAGCUGCCUGCCUCUCAAACAUCACAUGGUGAUCACUCCAACACUACUACUGUGGGGAGAGAAAGACGCAUUUAUGGAUGUUGAGAUGGCUGAAGUCACAAAGAUUUAUGUUAAAAACUAUUUCAGGCUGACUAUUUUGUCAGAAACCAGUCAUUGGCUCCAACAAGAACAACCUGACAUAGUGAACAAAUUGAUAUGGACAUUUCUAAAAGAAGAAACACGAAGAAAAGAUUGA